AUGCGACCCAUCUUUUUGCCAAUUUUUCUGGUUUUUGCUUCAAUUCCUAUACAUUUCGAGUACUUUGGCCAAGCAGAAAGGAAAAUCCUUAAGUAUCCUUUCAUUGAUCUUUUUAAUUCAAAAAGAUUUUUAUCCCAGACAAACAUAACAAACCUUGGAGAUGUAAUCAGUAUUUAGAACCAAUAUUACGUUGAAGCUGCCAUAGGAACUCCUAAACAAGCUGUUACUCUCUUAAUCUCGUCAAUUUCUCCAUGAAUAUGGGUCGACGAUAUAAACUGUUCAAAGUGCAGGCAAAAAAACAAUAAGUUCGACUCAAGCCUAAGCUCGACAUUUAGCACUUCAGGGUCUACCAAAGACUUGGAAUCCGUCGCAGAGGUAUCAGGAAAAGUCUGUACAGAAAAAAUAGAAAUUGGGGCAUCUCAAAUCGAAGUUUCAGAGCAGUCAUUCCUUUUGGUAGAUACCGAAAAAAACAGCGAUUCGAUGAUGACUGAUGGAGUCUUUGGGCUAGGAUUUGACGAAGGCGAUUGUAAAUCAUUUAUUUCAAGCUUAAAAGCUGAGAAAAAAAUCGUGAAUAGAAGGUUCGCGGUUUAUUUGAACUAUUAUGAGACUUCACCAGAUGUGAAAAACUACGGGAAACCAAGCAUUGUUAUAGACGGGUAUGAUAACCGUCUAAGUUCUGUUGUGUCCUCAGGCUUCUCAUACAUAAAUAUAAACACUUCAGAGCAAAAAUGAGAAGUAAAAUGCAAUUAUGUCGCUUUUGGAAGUAAAAAGUUAACCCGAGGCUCUAAAGCUGAGAUAAGCUUAGGAACUAGCUGAAUUUUGGGCCCAAACGAUGAUAUCGCAAUUAUAAUGAAAAGUUUUCUUGACGAUUAUGACUGUGAUAGUGACACUGAUGGCUUUUUUAAAUGUAAUUGUGAUAAGGAAUACCCUAAAUUAGUUUUUCAGCUAGAUGGGUAUAAUUUUACAGUAAAUCCAAGCGGGUAUUUCGAAAAAUACAACGACUUUUGCUAUCCUUCGUUAGGCUACGCUCAAAAUAGUGACACUUGAAUUUUAGGGGAUACCUUUCUUAGAAGAUUUUAUACAAGUUUUGACAUGGAUAACAAUAGAAUUGGGUUUGCUAAGCUUGAAAUUAAUCAAACAAUUCCAAACCCUCCACCUAAUCCUCCAGAUCCUCCAACUCCGCCAACUCCUCAGCCAAAUACGACCGAUAACCAAACAAUUUCAAAUCCAUUACUCAGCCAUUCCAGUUCUUCCUCUAAAAGCUUGGCAAUUAUUAUUGUUAUACCUUUAUUAUUUGUGUUUAUAGCAAUACCAAGUGCAAUUUACAUCUAUAUCAAAUCUAAAAAACUAGAAGCAAAAAAGCAAAUGGAUAAGGAAACUAAUAAGAAAGUAAAGCCUGAUGAUCCAGCUUUUUCUGAAAUCAUUAUAGAAGAUCUCGAAGAAGCCAAGUUAGCAAAAACCCCUAGCAAUGCUCUUACAAGAGAGCCCACAGCUCAGUACGAAUCAAAUAAAGAUAAUGAAAAAAAUGCUAGUCUAUAUCCUUCACUAAAGGAAAUUUGAAACUAA